AUGAUGUCCGACUUCAGAAAGAAAAAACUGUUAUUCGUUUUCAAGACAAUUUUCGACGCUGAUGAAAGUGGAGAAGUAGAGAAGCAGGAUUUUGAUCUGUUUUUGGAGAGAAUCUCGAGACUUCUAGGCUGGAAAGAAAGUGAUGUUGUGUACCAAGUGGCUCAGGAAUCGUUAGCUAAGAUUUGGAAAGGUAUAUCUUGUGGAGCUGACACUGAUAAAGAUGGUAAAGUAACUGCGGACGAAUGGUUGGCUAUGUGGGAUUUACCCGCGUCUGUGUGCCGUUCGUGCUUCAAUGAAUGGCAAAAAUUGUUCUGUAAGGUCUUCUUCUAUAUACAAGAUAAAUCAUCAGAUGGUGCUGUGGACUGUCAGGAAUUUGUUGACGUCCAUGCUGCUAUAGGCUUACCAAAAGAAGAAGCGACUGAAGCCUUUAACAAACUAUCACAAGGAAAGCCUAGUAUUUCGUGGGAAGAAUUCGAAGAACGAUACGCUGAAUAUUUCUUAUCGGAAGAUAUUAAUGCACCUGGUAACUGGCUUUUUGGUUCGAAUAAGUUUAAUCAAUAA